GUUGACCCAACAGAUUGCCGCUUUUGGGUCUAGCCGGGAUCGGUUAUGCCGACAACGGAAGAGCGGGGGAAGCGGUUUGUUUGACUCCUCGAUUGCUAAGCCGAACGUCGUCGAGGAGGAAAACUUGGGAGUCAAUUGAGUCCAUGGCUGGAAUCGUGCUUCUCAUAGCUGGUCCAGUUAUUCUCUCAUCACAAGUCGCCGCCGACAGAAGCCCAAGACUGCCUCUGGGGUGGAUGCCAAGAAGCUAGGUAUCCACAAAGGGGUGGUACGCUGAAGUGUGAAAACUGCGUCUGCCAACGAACAACGGACGCAUUUAACGGUCACCAUGGAAAAGAGCAGCGAUAAACCUCCGGAAGAAGAACGGCCGCCUGCAGAGGAGGUUUCUGUGGCCCCGGUUUCUCUCCCACCGGUUCUCGAAGAGGUCACCGACGAGAUACCCGACGGUGGGUUUAUGGCGUGGCUCCAGGUGGCGGGGGGGUUUGCCAUCUUCUUCAACACAUGGGGUAUGGUGAACACAUUCGGUGUGUUCCAGACCUACUACGAGACACACAUGCUCAAGACGUCGUCGCCGGAUGCCAUCUCAUGGAUAGGCUCUAUCCAAUCGUUCCUCCUCCUCGGUGGGGGCGUGAUAUCGGGGCCCCUUUUUGACGCGGGCCACUUCAAGACCGUGAUCUUGGCCGGGGGCUUCGCCAUCAGCUUCGGCGCCAUGAUGACGAGCCUCUCAUCCAAGUACUGGCACUUCCUUCUCUCGCAGGCCUUCUGCAUCGGCCUCGGCGCGGGCUGCCUGGUGGUGCCGACGCUCUCGGUCCUCCCGCAGUACUUCCUCAAGAAGCGGGCCCUCGUGACGGGCAUCACCGUGUCGGGCAGCAGCUUCGGCGGGGUGGUGUACCCGCUCGUCUUCCAGGGCCUCGUGUCCAAGAUCGGCUUCGGGUGGACGAUCCGGGUGCUCGGCUUCAUCUCGCUGGCGACGUGCGCCUUCGCCGUGGCCGUCAUGCGCACGCGCACGCAGCCGCGCCUCGUGCGCUCGCUGUUCGACCCAAAGGCCUUCCGCGAGAUCCCCUACUUCUGCUACUGCUUCGCCAUGUUCUUCAGCAACUUUGGCUUCUUCGGCCCCAUCUUCUACCUGCAGACGUAUGCGCUUGGCCACGGCCUGACGAACGAGAACAUCGCGCUGCACCUCGUCGCCAUCCUCAACGCCGCCUCGGUCCUCGGCCGACUGGCGCCGUCGUACUUCGUCCCCUGGAUCGGCGCCGUCAACACCAUGAUGGCCGUCGCCACCAUGGCCGGCAUCGUCGCCUUCUCCUGGAUCGCCGUCAACACGGGCCCCGGAAACAUCGUCUUCGCCGUCAUGUACGGCUUCACCUCGGGCGGCAUCGUCUCCCUGCCCGCCGUCGUCCUCGCCUCCAUCACCGAGGACCUCCGCUUCCUCGGCGCCCGCCUUGGCACCGCCAACUUGUUCAAUGCCACUGCCUCGCUGUGCGGCGCCCCGCUUGCGGGGGCUAUCCUCAGGGCGACUGGUAGCUACCUUGGUGUUCAGCUGUUUGCUGGCUUUACGCUGUCCUUAACCGCCGUGUUCCUGUAUGGCACCAGGGUUGCGAAGGCUGGCACGGGAUUGACCGUCAGGGUCUGAAGAGUAGGGAUACGAAGACUGGAAAUUCAUUAGUGGUUCUUUGUAUAUAUAUUGUUUCUCCAUCUUAUAUGCUAGAUAUUUCAUGUAUAGAAACG